UUCCAUUGCCGUUUUUUUUCCUUCUCUUGCGGAUUGGGGAUAAACUGCAGGCAGGAGGGGCUGCGAGCAGCUAAACGAACACCCGGCUACCGGAUUUCAGUAGCAUGGCAUCACGAAGAAUGGAGACCAAGCCAGUUAUAACGUGUCUGAAGACCCUGCUGAUUAUCUACUCUUUUGUCUUUUGGAUUACUGGAGUUAUUCUUCUAGCUGUUGGUGUGUGGGGAAAACUUACUUUAGGCACCUACAUCUCCCUCAUUGCUGAAAACUCUACCAAUGCUCCGUAUGUCCUCAUUGGAACUGGCACCACCAUUAUUGUCUUCGGACUCUUUGGCUGCUUUGCCACUUGUCGUGGUAGCCCAUGGAUGCUAAAACUGUAUGCUAUGUUUCUGUCCUUGGUGUUCUUGGCUGAACUGAUUGCUGGCAUUUCAGGCUUUGUGUUUCGGCAUGAGAUCAAGGAUACCUUUCUUAGGACGUACACCGAAGCAAUUCAGAACUACAAUGGCAACGACGAGAGAAGUCACGCAGUUGAUAAUGUUCAAGAGAACUUGAAGUGCUGUGGUAUUCAGAGCUACUACAACUGGACUAGUAGCAGCUAUUGGGCUACAAAUGGGAUUCCAGCGAGCUGCUGCGCCAAUCUCUCUGAUUGCAACUCAUCGGACAUGCGCAACAUGACUAUCGCUUCCACUAAAGUGUAUCAAAGGGGUUGCUAUGAGCUGGUGACUGACUUCAUGGAAACAAACAUGGGAAUAAUAGCUGGCGUGGCUUUUGGAGUUGCAUUUUCACAGCUGAUCGGAAUGCUUCUGGCUUGCUGUCUCUCACGGUUUAUCACUGCGAAUCAGUACGAGAUGGUGUAACAAGGGAUAUUGUGAGAAGCGGUUUUAAAUUCGGGAGCUGAAGGACUCGUGGAAGAUUCUCGAAGAAUGUUAGAGCACACAUCCACCCACCACUCUGCGUUCCUUACUCUGUACCAUUUCCGUAGUGUCACCAUCUUCCAUCUGUGCCAUGAGAAAUAGCCUGUUUAGUGUACACCUACACCCUUCUUCUGAAGGCUUUUCAUAUGAUGGCACUGUGUGUGUGCGGUCAUACAGUUAAAUCAUACAGUAGUCGUAUUCUUAAUAUGGUAAUCCUUUAACUGCCUCGACUUGGCUGUGCAUGCAGUGGCUGAAAUGGGACAACAGUGUCCUUACCAAUGGUUUAUUAAAUGUUCUACACAUUUAUUUAAAUCAGUACAUGGGAAAAACAAUUAUAGCCUAUCUAAUCUUUUUUUUUAUAUAUAUAAAUAUAUUUAUUUACAAGACAUGCGUAUGUUUUCGGUCAGCAUUUACUACACACGGAUACCACAUUAAAAUCUGUGACAUGACAAUACUUGAAAAGUUAUGUUAAAAUAUGUUGUGCUAUGAAUAGAAUCCUUGAUGCCCAACGUUAGAACGCGGCUUGGAUUCUCCUUGUGCUGUUAUGCCUCUUUUGCUUCCGUCAUAUUUGUCUAGUGACUUUACGCAUCAGAAUCAGGAGCUGUGUUUAACUGUUACUAAACUGUUGUUGCUUACUGUGAGGGCAGUAUAAUAAUGCUUUCUUUUUAUCCUUUGUGUACAGCAAAUCUAAAAUUGUGCAGUCAUGCCUCCUUUUUGUCUAUGUUCUUCCUCUUUGCUUUUUGGAAGUGUGGCAAACAAAUAAUAUUUUCAGGUCAGUGUGAAAAUAAAUAGAGGUAAAAAGAGAAAGCAGAAAUGAACCUUUUUACAUAUUAAUGAUAAAAUAAGUUGUUUUUUUUUUUUUUCCUUCUUUCUUUUAUAUUGUCUCCGUCUAGCAUGCAGAAGGAAAUAAAUGCUUUGAUAUUGUGAGCAUUUGUGAUAUACAUAUAAUAAACUUAACUACGACAAUUUA